AUGAAUUCCUCAUCUCAUGACCUCAAUGUGUCGAGCGGUCUGAGAUAUCGAGACUCCCCGAGUGCAGCUGUGGCCAAAAAUGUCAUAGUUUUGGCUCUUGGCCUUACCAUCAACUAUAUCAAUGGUACACUGAUACACACCUUCAGAAAACACCAGGUAUUUUAUUCGAACCCUCGUUACAUCCUGUUCAUCCACCUGGUGGUGAACGACAUGAUCCAGCUCACUACAUCAAUCACUCUGUUUGUUUUGACUUAUGUCUUCUCUCAGAUCAAUGUUGCUUUCUGUUGCCUCAUUAUCACUUUGGUUAUCUUCGCCACCUUCAAUACUCCAAUAAAUUUAGCUGUCAUGGCAGUGGAAUGCUACAUUGCUAUUUGUUUACCACUGCAACACGCUGAGUUCUGUAGCAUAGAAAGAACAUACAUGGCUUUAGGCUGGAUCUGGGCUCUAAGCGCAAUCUCAACAAUGUCAGAUGUCUUUAUUAUUCUGGCAACAGAGCCAGUAGAGUUAUUUUAUUCUACAAUACAGUGUGAGAGGGAUAACCUGUUUCGACAUCCCGUCAUUUUAAAAAAGAGAGAGGUUUCAUACAUAACUUGCCUAGCUGGUGUCUUGCUCACAUUCCUCUACACAUACUUCAGUAUCUUUUUUGCUGCUAACGGAGCUAAACCAGCAGAUAGAGAUUCCAAGAAGGCCAGGAACACGAUCCUGCUCCAUGCUUUUCAGCUUCUGUUGUCUAUACUAACCUAUGUAGGUCCUGUGUUAACGCAGGCUCUGGUGCGCUGGUUCCCUAAACAUUAUCUAACAGUUAUUUUUGUUUGCUAUAUCAUAAUACACAUUCUCCCCAGGUUUGUUAGUCCUAUUGUGUAUGGACUACGAGACAAGAUGUUUAAGCAGUAUUUAAAAAAGUAUCUUCUGUGUAUAGUGAAAAGGGCCCCAGAAGCUCCCGGUGAAAGCGGGCCUCUCUACCGGCCAAGACUGACAAGCCAAGCCGAGGGCAUCUUGGCUGAAGAACAAGCUGGCUUUCAAGCUGGACGCAGCACUGUGGAUCAGGUCUUCAAUUCCAGACUGCUCAUCAAAAAACACCUUGAACUUCAAAAGGACCUCUAUCAUAACUUCAUAGAUUUCUAG